AUGCAGGGCACUGUGUUUUGCCGCAGAGGUCUGGGGUCGGGCAGGGAGAGGGAGAGACGGGCGGAGGGCUUUAAGAAUGUGGAACAGGGCACUCCUUAUAUGCAGGGCACUGUGUUUUACCGCAGAGAUCUAGGGUCGGGCAGGGAGAGGGAGAGACGGGCGGAGGGCUUUAAGAAUGUGGAACAGGGCACUCCUUAUAUGCAGGGCACUGUGUUUUGCCGCAGAGGUCUGGGGUCGGGCAGGGAGAGGGAGAGACGGGCGGAGGGCUUUAAGAAUGUGGAACAGGGCACUCCUUAUAUGCAGGGCACUGUGUUUUGCCGCAGAGAUCUAGGGUCGGGCAGGGAGAGGGAGAGACGGGCGGAGGGCUUUAAGAAUGUGGAACAGGGCACUCCUUAUAUGCAGGGCACUGUGUUUUACCGCAGAGAUCUAGGGUCGGGCAGGGAGAGGGAGAGACGGGCGGAGGGCUUUAAGAAUGUGGAACAGGGCACUCCUUAUAUGCAGGGCACUGUGUUUUGCCGCAGAGGUCUGGGGUCGGGCAGGGAGAGGGAGAGACGGGCGGAGGGCUUUAAGAAUGUGGAACAGGGCACUCCUUAUAUGCAGGGCACUGUGUUUUACCGCAGAGAUCUAGGGUCGGGCAGGGAGAGGGAGAGACGGGCGGAGGGCUUUAAGAAUGUGGAACAGGGCACUCCUUAUAUGCAGGGCACUGUGUUUUGCCGCAGAGGUCUGGGGUCGGGCAGGGAGAGGGAGAGACGGGCGGAGGGCUUUAAGAAUGUGGAACAGGGCACUCCUUAUAUGCAGGGCACUGUGUUUUACCGCAGAGAUCUAGGGUCGGGCAGGGAGAGGGAGAGACGGGCGGAGGGCUUUAAGAAUGUGGAACAGGGCACUCCUUAUCUGCAGGGCACUGUGUUUUGCCGCAGAGGUCUGGGGUCGGGCAGGGAGAGGGAGAGACGGGCGGAGGGCUUUAAGAAUGUGGAACAGGGCACUCCUUAUAUGCAGGGCACUGUGUUUUGCCGCAGAGGUCUGGGGUCGGGCAGGGAGAGGGAGAGACGGGCGGAGGGCUUUAAGAAUGUGGAACAGGGCACUCCUUAUAUGCAGGGCACUGUGUUUUACCGCAGAGAUCUAGGGUCGGGCAGGGAGAGGGAGAGACGGGCGGAGGGCUUUAAGAAUGUGGAACAGGGCACUCCUUAUAUGCAGGGCACUGUGUUUUGCCGCAGAGGUCUGGGGUCGGGCAGGGAGAGGGAGAGACGGGCGGAGGGCUUUAAGAAUGUGGAACAGGGCACUCCUUAUAUGCAGGGCACUGUGUUUUGCCGCAGAGAUCUAGGGUCGGGCAGGGAGAGGGAGAGACGGGCGGAGGGCUUUAAGAAUGUGGAACAGGGCACUCCUUAUAUGCAGGGCACUGUGUUUUACCGCAGAGAUCUAGGGUCGGGCAGGGAGAGGGAGAGACGGGCGGAGGGCUUUAAGAAUGUGGAACAGGGCACUCCUUAUAUGCAGGGCACUGUGUUUUGCCGCAGAGGUCUGGGGUCGGGCAGGGAGAGGGAGAGACGGGCGGAGGGCUUUAAGAAUGUGGAACAGGGCACUCCUUAUAUGCAGGGCACUGUGUUUUACCGCAGAGAUCUAGGGUCGGGCAGGGAGAGGGAGAGACGGGCGGAGGGCUUUAAGAAUGUGGAACAGGGCACUCCUUAUAUGCAGGGCACUGUGUUUUGCCGCAGAGGUCUGGGGUCGGGCAGGGAGAGGGAGAGACGGGCGGAGGGCUUUAAGAAUGUGGAACAGGGCACUCCUUAUAUGCAGGGCACUGUGUUUUACCGCAGAGAUCUAGGGUCGGGCAGGGAGAGGGAGAGACGGGCGGAGGGCUUUAAGAAUGUGGAACAGGGCACUCCUUAUCUGCAGGGCACUGUGUUUUGCCGCAGAGGUCUGGGGUCGGGCAGGGAGAGGGAGAGACGGGCGGAGGGCUUUAAGAAUGUGGAACAGGGCACUCCUUAUAUGCAGGGCACUGUGUUUUACCGCAGAGAUCUAGGGUCGGGCAGGGAGAGGGAGAGACGGGCGGAGGGCUUUAAGAAUGUGGAACAGGGCACUCCUUAUAUGCAGGGCACUGUGUUUUGCCGCAGAGGUCUGGGGUCGGGCAGGGAGAGGGAGAGACGGGCGGAGGGCUUUAAGAAUGUGGAACAGGGCACUCCUUAUAUGCAGGGCACUGUGUUUUGCCGCAGAGGUCUGGGGUCGGGCAGGGAGAGGGAGAGACGGGCGGAGGGCUUUAAGAAUGUGGAACAGGGCACUCCUUAUAUGCAGGGCACUGUGUUUUACCGCAGAGAUCUAGGGUCGGGCAGGGAGAGGGAGAGACGGGCGGAGGGCUUUAAGAAUGUGGAACAGGGCACUCCUUAUAUGCAGGGCACUGUGUUUUGCCGCAGAGGUCUGGGGUCGGGCAGGGAGAGGGAGAGACGGGCGGAGGGCUUUAAGAAUGUGGAACAGGGCACUCCUUAUAUGCAGGGCACUGUGUUUUGCCGCAGAGAUCUAGGGUCGGGCAGGGAGAGGGAGAGACGGGCGGAGGGCUUUAAGAAUGUGGAACAGGGCACUCCUUAUAUGCAGGGCACUGUGUUUUACCGCAGAGAUCUAGGGUCGGGCAGGGAGAGGGAGAGACGGGCGGAGGGCUUUAAGAAUGUGGAACAGGGCACUCCUUAUAUGCAGGGCACUGUGUUUUGCCGCAGAGGUCUGGGGUCGGGCAGGGAGAGGGAGAGACGGGCGGAGGGCUUUAAGAAUGUGGAACAGGGCACUCCUUAUAUGCAGGGCACUGUGUUUUACCGCAGAGAUCUAGGGUCGGGCAGGGAGAGGGAGAGACGGGCGGAGGGCUUUAAGAAUGUGGAACAGGGCACUCCUUAUAUGCAGGGCACUGUGUUUUGCCGCAGAGGUCUGGGGUCGGGCAGGGAGAGGGAGAGACGGGCGGAGGGCUUUAAGAAUGUGGAACAGGGCACUCCUUAUAUGCAGGGCACUGUGUUUUACCGCAGAGAUCUAGGGUCGGGCAGGGAGAGGGAGAGACGGGCGGAGGGCUUUAAGAAUGUGGAACAGGGCACUCCUUAUCUGCAGGGCACUGUGUUUUGCCGCAGAGGUCUGGGGUCGGGCAGGGAGAGGGAGAGACGGGCGGAGGGCUUUAAGAAUGUGGAACAGGGCACUCCUUAUAUGCAGGGCACUGUGUUUUACCGCAGAGAUCUAGGGUCGGGCAGGGAGAGGGAGAGACGGGCGGAGGGCUUUAAGAAUGUGGAACAGGGCACUCCUUAUAUGCAGGGCACUGUGUUUUGCCGCAGAGGUCUGGGGUCGGGCAGGGAGAGGGAGAGACGGGCGGAGGGCUUUAAGAAUGUGGAACAGGGCACUCCUUAUAUGCAGGGCACUGUGUUUUACCGCAGAGAUCUAGGGUCGGGCAGGGAGAGGGAGAGACGGGCGGAGGGCUUUAAGAAUGUGGAACAGGGCACUCCUUAUAUGCAGGGCACUGUGUUUUGCCGCAGAGGUCUGGGGUCGGGCAGGGAGAGGGAGAGACGGGCGGAGGGCUUUAAGAAUGUGGAACAGGGCACUCCUUAUAUGCAGGGCACUGUGUUUUGCCGCAGAGGUCUGGGGUCGGGCAGGGAGAGGGAGAGACGGGCGGAGGGCUUUAAGAAUGUGGAACAGGGCACUCCUUAUAUGCAGGGCACUGUGUUUUACCGCAGAGGUCUAGGGUCGGGCAGGGAGAGGGAGAGACGGGCGGAGGGCUUUAAGAAUGUGGAACAGGGCACUCCUUAUAUGCAGGGCACUGUGUUUUGCCGCAGAGGUCUGGGGUCGGGCAGGGAGAGGGAGAGACGGGCGGAGGGCUUUAAGAAUGUGGAACAGGGCACUCCUUAUAUGCAGGGCACUGUGUUUUGCCGCAGAGAUCUAGGGUCGGGCAGGGAGAGGGAGAGACGGGCGGAGGGCUUUAAGAAUGUGGAACAGGGCACUCCUUAUAUGCAGGGCACUGUGUUUUGCCGCAGAGGUCUGGGGUCGGGCAGGGAGAGGGAGAGACGGGCGGAGGGCUUUAAGAAUGUGGAACAGGGCACUCCUUAUAUGCAGGGCACUGUGUUUUACCGCAGAGAUCUAGGGUCGGGCAGGGAGAGGGAGAGACGGGCGGAGGGCUUUAAGAAUGUGGAACAGGGCACUCCUUAUAUGCAGGGCACUGUGUUUUGCCGCAGAGGUCUGGGGUCGGGCAGGGAGAGGGAGAGACGGGCGGAGGGCUUUAAGAAUGUGGAACAGGGCACUCCUUAUAUGCAGGGCACUGUGUUUUGCCGCAGAGGUCUGGGGUCGGGCAGGGAGAGGGAGAGACGGGCGGAGGGCUUUAAGAAUGUGGAACAGGGCACUCCUUAUAUGCAGGGCACUGUGUUUUACCGCAGAGAUCUAGGGUCGGGCAGGGAGAGGGAGAGACGGGCGGAGGGCUUUAAGAAUGUGGAACAGGGCACUCCUUAUAUGCUGGGCACUGUGUUUUACCGCAGAGAUCUAGGGUCGGGCAGGGAGAGGGAGAGACGGGCGGAGGGCUUUAAGAAUGUGGAACAGGGCACUCCUUAUAUGCAGGGCACUGUGUUUUGCCGCAGAGGUCUGGGGUCGGGCAGGGAGAGGGAGAGACGGGCGGAGGGCUUUAAGAAUGUGGAACAGGGCACUCCUUAUAUGCAGGGCACUGUGUUUUACCGCAGAGAUCUAGGGUCGGGCAGGGAGAGGGAGAGACGGGCGGAGGGCUUUAAGAAUGUGGAACAGGGCACUCCUUAUAUGCAGGGCACUGUGUUUUGCCGCAGAGGUCUGGGGUCGGGCAGGGAGAGGGAGAGACGGGCGGAGGGCUUUAAGAAUGUGGAACAGGGCACUCCUUAUAUGCAGGGCACUGUGUUUUACCGCAGAGAUCUAGGGUCGGGCAGGGAGAGGGAGAGACGGGCGGAGGGCUUUAAGAAUGUGGAACAGGGCACUCCUUAUAUGCAGGGCACUGUGUUUUGCCGCAGAGGUCUGGGGUCGGGCAGGGAGAGGGAGAGACGGGCGGAGGGCUUUAAGAAUGUGGAACAGGGCACUCCUUAUAUGCAGGGCACUGUGUUUUACCGCAGAGAUCUAGGGUCGGGCAGGGAGAGGGAGAGACGGGCGGAGGGCUUUAAGAAUGUGGAACAGGGCACUCCUUAUAUGCAGGGCACUGUGUUUUGCCGCAGAGGUCUGGGGUCGGGCAGGGAGAGGGAGAGACGGGCGGAGGGCUUUAAGAAUGUGGAACAGGGCACUCCUUAUAUGCAGGGCACUGUGUUUUACCGCAGAGAUCUAGGGUCGGGCAGGGAGAGGGAGAGACGGGCGGAGGGCUUUAAGAAUGUGGAACAGGGCACUCCUUAUAUGCAGGGCACUGUGUUUUGCCGCAGAGGUCUGGGGUCGGGCAGGGAGAGGGAGAGACGGGCGGAGGGCUUUAAGAAUGUGGAACAGGGCACUCCUUAUAUGCAGGGCACUGUGUUUUGCCGCAGAGGUCUGGGGUCGGGCAGGGAGAGGGAGAGACGGGCGGAGGGCUUUAAGAAUGUGGAACAGGGCACUCCUUAUAUGCAGGGCACUGUGUUUUACCGCAGAGAUCUAGGGUCGGGCAGGGAGAGGGAGAGACGGGCGGAGGGCUUUAAGAAUGUGGAACAGGGCACUCCUUAUAUGCAGGGCACUGUGUUUUACCGCAGAGAUCUAGGGUCGGGCAGGGAGAGGGAGAGACGGGCGGAGGGCUUUAAGAAUGUGGAACAGGGCACUCCUUAUAUGCAGGGCACUGUGUUUUGCCGCAGAGGUCUGGGGUCGGGCAGGGAGAGGGAGAGACGGGCGGAGGGCUUUAAGAAUGUGGAACAGGGCACUCCUUAUAUGCAGGGCACUGUGUUUUGCCGCAGAGGUCUGGGGUCGGGCAGGGAGAGGGAGAGACGGGCGGAGGGCUUUAAGAAUGUGGAACAGGGCACUCCUUAUAUGCAGGGCACUGUGUUUUACCGCAGAGAUCUAGGGUCGGGCAGGGAGAGGGAGAGACGGGCGGAGGGCUUUAAGAAUGUGGAACAGGGCACUCCUUAUAUGCAGGGCACUGUGUUUUACCGCAGAGAUCUAGGGUCGGGCAGGGAGAGGGAGAGACGGGCGGAGGGCUUUAAGAAUGUGGAACAGGGCACUCCUUAUAUGCAGGGCACUGUGUUUUACCGCAGAGAUCUAGGGUCGGGCAGGGAGAGGGAGAGACGGGCGGAGGGCUUUAAGAAUGAGAGUUGUUCUUUUGCUAUUCGCCCUUGUCUUCUCACAAUCCUCUAA